CAUAUUGUAACCUUGCUGUUUCCUGUUCGAGGGACACGACAGAUCUACAUCCAGAUUUUGCAACAUUUGUACCUUUAUUUGAAUCAACAUUUGAAUAUUCUGAGCUAUUUCAACCAUCCACACCUCAACUGCCAUGAACGUCAUCAAGGGUCAGCUGGUAUUGUGGGGAGUGCUCAUCAUUUCAAUGAGGAUCGGAAAUACGUUUGCAUGCCAAAGCAUCGUCAACUGUGAGAGCUACGCCCCAUGUUCCGGGCAAAUGGUCUCGCGAUGUACGAGGUGUAUUUAUUACAGGGGUGGCGACAAAAAGGCGUACCGACUCUCGGCCGACGGAAGAUCAUGCACAAAGCUGUGCUCAUGGCGACCUGACAGCACAUUUUGCUACCCGGGCAGAUGUGCCGACGGUACACCGUCUUCCUGCACAUGCGCACCACGCUUUGCUGGAAACAACUGUUUGACGAUUUCUGCCCCUCCUGUCAUGUAUUACUGCAUGGGGAAACUGAAGAGAAUGGUUAACGGACUGGAGAAGGGCACCAUAGAGGCACCAUGUACCGACAGCAUGACAUCACCCUCUAUCUGGACCAACAUCGGAUCAUCUAUCAACAGCCAGCUUCAGUUUGAGGCUGAAUGGGAAACCAGUUUCCAAGGCCCCAGUGCGACAGACUGGCCCAGACAUUACUACAUAGAUGACCACGGGAUAGGUGUGAUCUCAGCAUCGGUGGACUGGUGGCUGCAGAGAGGUGGCACCCGGGUAAGCAGUGGAACAAUGCCUUGCUUGGACGGUGGUAUCAGCAGAGACAACCCCAAGUCAUCUCUACACGACUGCUUGAAAAGUACGAUGAUGACAUCCACACCACUGCACGGCGACAGCUUCUACUUUACAACAAAGUCCAGAAACGGUGGAUACGUCAGGAUCCGGAACUAUGACGGCACGUCCAGUUACACCGUGAACCCACCGGUCUACUUCACCGGACGAGAGAUCGGCCAUACCGCACACUUCACGUUCGACUUUGAAAGUCCCUACCACUGCUCUGUGUCAGGCGGCUGUACAGACAAUAUGCUGGACAGGGGGCCAGCUAUCACCAAAAAUGGCCACCUUAACCUCCGCUGGUCCGGCUGGCGAGACGAUGACGCAGGGUUAGGAGAGUACGAGUAUGAGGUGUUCUUACUGGCACCGUUCGGAGACGAGCUACAAGAAAGAUAUCCCGCGAUCACUGGGGGAAGAGUUGCGCCUGACGUAAAAGGAUGGAAUGUUACACUAAAUGAAACAGGUAAAAUAUCUUGA